AUGAUACUGAGUCAAAGAAAUGGCAUAAUUGUGCGAGUUAUGAAGGAGUCCGACUAUCCAAUAGUAAAAACCUUCUUGAGGGACUACUUUCACUACGAUGAACCCAUGGGAAUGGGCCUUAAGGAGCAAAUUCAUCUACAAAACGAGGAAGAAGUGGAUAGGCAAUACCUGGCGGUAAUCACUCAGGGACUUUCUUUAGUAGCGUUGGACGAUAACAAUGGAGGACUACUGGUUGGCAUUGCCGUGGCUGAGACGAUGGAUCGCAGCGAAAUGGCAAAGCAGCACAAGGAAGCCGACGAAAUGGAGCCCAAUGCCUUGGGUCGCAGCAGGAAGUUGAUAGCCAAAAUGGAGCGCGAAGCGAAGAUUUUCGAACGCUUCGGAGUCUCCUCCUACAUGAAUCUGCUGGCCAUCUCCGUUCACACCUCUAUGAGGAAAAGAGGUCUAUUGGUCAUCCUUUCCCGCUCUCUUUUUGAGUUGGGUCGCUUGCGAGGACUUCCACUGUUCAUCGGUAGCGGCACCAAUUACUACUCCACCCAGGCGGCGAUAAAAGAGGGAUGUGAGAGCAUCCAUUCACUAGCCUAUGCUGACUACAAGGACGACCACGGCCGACCUAUAUACAAUCCACCAGCGCCUCAUACCCACAUCCGGGUUUUGGCCGCAAAACUUUAA